UUGUUACAUAACGAAUUAAUUAACGAAUUAAUUAACGAAUUAAUUAACGAAUUAAUUAACGAAUUAAUUAACGAAUUAAUUAACGAAUUAAUUAACGAAAUAAUUAACGAAUUAAUUAACGAAUUAAUUAACGAAAUAAUUAACGAAUUAAUUAACGAAUUAAUUAACGAAUUAAUUAACGAAUUAAUUAACGAAUUAAUUAACGAAUUAAUUAACGAAUUAAUUAACGAAUUAAUUAACGAAUUAAUUAACGAAUUAAUUAACGAAUUAAUUAACGAAUUAAUUAACGAAUUAAUUAACGAAUUAAUUAACGAAUUAAUUAACGAAUUAAUUAACGAAUUAAUUAACGAAUUAAUUAACGAAUUAAUUAACGAAUUAAUUAACGAAUUAAUUAACGAAUUAAUUAACGAAUGA